AUGGUUUGGAAUAAUGCGAGUGAAGUGUGCGAUAAACUUGAGUUGAAUGUUUUGUGUAGUUGGCCAGCAUGGUUUACGGUCCAAGAUAGUAGAAAUUGUGAGCUUAAUCAUCACACCAUGUUGAGAUGGAGUCCGUCGGGGGAGAGUAAAUUGAAAUGUAAUGUUGAUGCGAGUUUUAACAUUAUCUGGGGACCCAUGAAUAGGGGCUUGUGUGUGAGAAAUCACUUGGGUAAUUUCGUUCUCGUAGGUGCAGCAUGGGAUUUUGGGUCCUAUUCUAUUUUGGAAGUUGAAGCUUUGUCUCUUGAAGAAGCUAUGCAGAUUGCAAUUGAGAUGCAACUUGAGCAAGUUAUCUUCGAGAGUGACUCCCAAAGAACGACUCAAGCUAUUAGUUCUAUUCAUCACGGUUUUUCUGAAUUUAAUUUAUCAUUUCUUCUAUUAGAAGGUUGUUGCAUAAUCUUCCUAACUUUGAGGUAA